AAAAAGGCAGGCGGCGGAGGGUGUGUGCGACAAGUUUCUAAUCGCUCGUUUGCGAUCAUUUAGGGAGUUCUUCUCCUGUUGCUAUGACUGCCGUUACGGUAACCGCAGCACAGUGCAGUGUGGCAUUCUUCAAGAACUCAGGCCAGCGUAAAUAGAGGCUUCACGAUCGCCUGCAUGGCAGGAGACGGCACCUGGACACCGCGGGGGGAUUUUAGCUGAGAUGUAUACUUUUUAAAUAUUUUUGUACUGGCCAAUUUGAUCAUUUUGAUUCUUCACCUCAAAAUGAUAAGGAGUGAGCCUAAAAGCGAUCGGGUGCUAAGAAGUGCUUCCCCUCAUAGAAAUGCAUACAAAUCAGACUUCCAUUCCAUCAAAUGCUCCUUUGAGGGCCUGUCGGUCCCUUAUUCCAAUGGAGGCAGUGAAAUGCGUGGCAGACCAUCUGGGAGCCGUGUGAACAAAAUCAAAAACAUCUUCCUUCAAAUGGACAGCCAGCAGCCACAGGACAUACCAAUUAUCAGUAAACCUGGAGUGGCUAAAUUCCCACGGGGCUCUACCUCACAUAGGCCUAGCAUGAGCAGUGUCUCCAGCGUGGAAUCCACCGGCCCAGAAGUCACGCGAAAGGCCGAGGACGUCUCGUUUGACAAAGUGGCGCUGGCUGAGAAGUUCUCCGUCACCAGGAAGAUGUUUGAGAGUGGCCUUAAAGAGCUAUCUCCAGCAGAGACGGCCAUGCCCAUCAGAGUCGCCAGCCGAGCGUCUGUCCACAGCGUUUCGGAGGAGGGGAGGAGCGUGCGGAAGCUGAUGGAAAAAUCGGACCAAAGUGGCAAGACUAGAAGCCAGCCCAAGGAAGACGAGGAGAGAAGGAGAAGCGAGUCUGAGACGGCAGCGCACAAGGCUGGGGUAAUGCUGAAGAAUGCAGGACCCAUGUCCAGGAGACUGGAGAGUUUCAUGUUAGACAGUGACAGUGAGUCUCUCUCUGGCCCAUCUAUGUCCCGCAGCCCAGGGAGUCAGUCCCAGCCACCAUCCACCCCACCCAGUGAGCGCUCGGAUCCACCUUCGUCCCCAGAGAGGAACAGUCCUCCUGCAUCGUACUUGCUGUGGCCCGAAAGCCUGUUGGCCCAGACAGACAUGCGUUCACAUGAGUUAAGCAGCUUAGAUUCACGUGGCGAUGUCCUGCACCCCCUCACUCCAGCGAACGGAGUCUGUGCGGAGGAGACCCCUCGUUUGAGUGGCUAUAGCGCUUCCCCCACAACUGACCAUGCCGACGAAUCUUCAGUAUCCGUUCUCUCGACGGAACCAACCGUCCUGUUUAAAAGUGAGAAGACCCACCGCUUGUCUCUGGGCAGUAGUCCUGGCUCUCCUGCUGGAGAUGGAACCAAGGGGUCUUUGGAGCAUGGUGUCCCCAAAGAGAAGCAGGGUGAAGGGGACGUUGCAGCUCCAGGGAUGGCCACGGUCAGAGCUGAGCUGGUGGUGGUUCACAAUGAAUCUUCAGAGAGUGAGGGCAAUGAGGAAGACCGCAUCGAGGAUGAUGUUUUUGAGGAAGUCACCAAUCGCAUUUCAGAAAGGGAGGACCAAGGCGUUCUCGAGGAAAGUCUUUCGGGGAGGAGUGUUGGGUCUGGGGAGGAGAAAAAGAAGGAGGGAACAGAAUUGACUCAGGACGUGGGAGACGAGGUUUUGAAAAGGAAGGAACAGAUAGCUGAGGAGAGAAGCAUACAGAAGGUGGUGGAGGAGGAGAAAGAACAGAAGGUGGAGGAUUUAGAUGACCAGAAAGACCUAGAGCAGGAGGAGCUGAGUUCGCUGACUGAAAUGAAAGAAUCUGAGCAAAAAGAGAAGCAGGUGGAGGAGCACACCAUGCAGGAUGAGGAAGAUGAUGGCACCCUGGAGGAGGUCACUGAAGCUUUAGAGGAUGAUUACGAUGAACGCGAGUUUGAAGAGAUGACCGUGGAAGAGGCACAACAGCAAGUCAAUGAAGGUCUGUCCGGGAAGAGAUCUUUGAUAUGUGGGAUUGAGAAUGCUGCUUUUGUUUAUGACCGGGAGAGUAAACCCGAUUUGGAAUGUCAGCAAAAGGGAGAGGACACUGAACCACUGCUGAACUGGUCCCAGGAAUAUGAGGAAUUGUCAGGCCUCUCUGAAGAGGAAAAUCCCAGCCCGAGAAGAAAGAUCAAGUUCUCCACUGCUCCUAUCAAGGUGUUUAGUACCUACUCCAAUAAUGAGUACGAUCGCAGGAAUGAUGAGGUGGAUCCUGUGGCCGCCUCUGCGGAGUACGAGCUGGAGAAGAGGGUGGAGAAGAUGGACAUCUUCCCAGUGGAUAUUCAAAAAGGCGAGGACGGCCUGGGAAUCAGCAUCAUUGGCAUGGGCGUUGGGGCUGACCAAGGCCUGGAGAAGCUUGGCAUCUUCGUCAAAACCAUCACAGAGAACGGCGCCGCCCAGCACGACGGCCGCAUUAAAGUUAAUGAUCAGAUAGUAGAGGUGGAUGGAACCAGUCUGGUAGGAGUCACCCAGAUGUUUGCUGCCACCGUACUGAAGAACACCAGAGGACUCGUGAAAUUUCUGAUUGGCCGGGAGAAGCCAGGUGCGGAGAGCGAAGUGGCUCGUCUGAUAUGUGAAACGUUGGAACAAGAGAAUUCUCAAAGCCAGGGCCACCAAGAAAGCCCAUCGCCCCAAACCCUGGGACCAGAGAAGAGCCCUCAGUCCGGGGACUCGGAGGGUGAAAAUCAGACGCCCCAAAACCCCUACCAGAGUGAAGACCAUGCACGGCACCUGGAGGAGCAGCGAAGUCCGCUGAUGCUGGCCGGUGCCGCGGAGGGCAAGAGCAGCGUCCAGGCGGGUACAGGAAAGGAGCAGGAGAGAGAAGGGGGCGUGGCCUUUGAGCUGACCCAGGAAGUGUUUGCCCAGCUGAAGAAUCAAGGUAUCGUAAUACCAGAGGAUGAGAGUCACGGAGGCCUGGACCAAAAGUUCAGAGAGCUCCAGAUGAGGCACAGUGUGACUGUAGCAGAACUCAAAGUGAUGAAGGACAAGCUACGAGUGUGCGAGGCUGACCGCCUGGCCUGGGAGGUCCGAGGAGCAGGCCUGGAGCAGAGCGUGGACGAGAGCCGCCAGCGCGUGCAGAAGCUGGAGACCUACUGGCUAGACGCUCAGGCCCUCUGCAAGACCAUCGACCAGCGGCUCCGGGAGGCCCAGAGCCAGCAUGAGGCCCUGCAGCUGAAAUACGACCAGACGAGCGCACUGCUCCAGGAGCACCAGCAGAGAGAGGCUGAGAUAGCGAAGAGAGAGGAGGAUCUGAAGAGACAGUUAGAGGAGAAAGAGAGGGAUUACAAGCGAAGUCUGAGCAAACUGCAGGAACGGAUUGCAAUUCUGGAGGGACGAGCUGGUUCAGACCAACCUGAGGACACAUGCAGUCCAGAAGGAGGAAGCUGGCGAAGUAGCCCCACCUCUGGAUCCGGGUCUUCAGACAGAAUCGGACAGGACCCAGACGACCUCCUCUCCAAAGCAGACCUGGGUGAGGCGGUACCACUGACGGACCGUCUCGACUGCAGUGCCUACAGAGCCAAAGCCAAGCUGACCCACGGAGUCCAGCGGAAGAGACCAUCCCGGAACAAACUCCGCGAGUCAGCUAAGAGCACACAGUCCUCCGUUCAGACACAGGCACAAGAAAGUAUGAGUGAUAACAGUACUGAUGCUAACCGAAGACGGUCCUACCUGGAGAGCCUCUCCAUACCCGUGCCUAUCCGGCAGUCAGGCAGUGAGCACAAGCGUGAGUGUGAAGGCGAGCAGAGGCCCGGGGGAGGAAGAGAGAGCGACCUAUCGAGCUCUCCCUCCCUUCGAGGUCACACGCCUCGGGGAGGCGGCAGCACCAGGUCUAGCCUGUCUCCUCCUAAAGACUCCUCUACUCCUCCGUCUCCCUCCAUCCAUUCCUCCGCCGGGCUGCUCCACCACUUCCGCAACAAGAGGUACAAGAAGAAGGAGAGUAGCCAGAGCAGGAAGAACAAAGAUGAGGAGAGUGACAGCUCGUCAACAAGAAGGUCCAAGAGAAGGUUUCCAGAUUUUGGGGGUCUUCGCCGGUCGGGUGGAAAGGGACAGAAGCAGGAGAAGGACACACCGCGGAGCUCGGUCGGGAGCAGGGGUUCUGCAGAACUAGUGGGAGAGUUUGGGGGGAACGUCUCGCCCUCCGACUCUGCGAGCUCCGUCCCCUCCUGCAUGCCGUUUUCCUGGUUCGGAGACAGGGAGAGAGGAAGAGAGAAGGAGCCGUCGUUGUCCAGCUGUAGCCUGCCCCAGACCCCAAUGGAGGAGCGUGCAGAGGAUGGGCAAGAAGAAAGGACCAAGAAGCAGACCAAGCUGCCCUGGUCCACUGGCCUCUCACGCUCCUUAGACUGGAGCUUAUCUGCAGUGUAUGAGUCGUGCGGCAGAAGGCCUGGUUCGGCCGUGGCGGGCAUGUGGAGGGACCCUCGUCCUGGAGGUCGCUCUCAGGGCCACACCUGCUCCUCCUGGGAGACACUUGAUGAGCCUGCUCCCGUCGUGAAGACGCACUUUUGGCAAAACCGUCCCCUUUCAGAGUGGACCAAUCAACAGGUGUGUCACUGGUUAAUGGGCAUGAACAUGGACCAAUACAUAGUAGGAUUCAAAGCUAAGGGUGUGGACGGCAAGCACCUCAUGGAUUUGGACAGUAGUAAGCUCAAGGAUCUGGGUGUGACGAGUCACAGAGACCGUUCCACCAUUAAGAGAAAACUGCGAGACAUGAAGAAGGAACAGGGGAAAGCAGAGAAGCACCGAGCAAAGAGGGAGCGGGAGGGCCCGCGGAUCGGCGGGAAGCCAGCCAAACUCGAGUCCACGUGCUGAUGUAGCCAUGGCAACAGACUUUUCGGUACCCUGCAACCUAGCUAGCCAGGGGCCAGGCCUACACACAUGCAGUGAUGUGAAAAACCACGCAGCCUGUUCCCACGGGAUACAGUUUACUGUCAUUACUGUGGCUGAACGGGCUACAGGUUGCUGGAUCGGGUGGGAACAACAAACACUCAGUUGGACUUGAUGAAGAGCUAACCAACUGUGGAAGUGCAGAUGGAGUUUGUGUGUCUCAUACUCUCUCUCAUUCAGGCUGAUGUAAAGGUCUAGUUUGUCCUUCUAGUAUUGUUCAUAGUUUUACACUAUAGGAUAUUUAAUUGGCAUCCUCUGAACGCAACAUUUAAGGAUGACUUGGUUACACUGCUGUAACAAUUAUGUGCUACAUUCAGGAAAAAAAAAAAGUUUUCGUUUCGUUGAGAUGUUUAUACUGUCCAUGCAGACCUUACUGUUUUGAUUGACCUGACAGCUGGUAAAUUUGAUUAGGCGAUCGAGUGAGUUACCAGUUGUGCACACCAGAGGGCAGCAUUGUGAAUGAAGUUGGCAAAAGCUCGCUUCUUUCAUCGUUCUUCCUCACCAGAACUGAUGCGUAGGAGGUCUUUCGAUGUAGGAUAUGUGAUCCAUGGUCUGAUUUUUGUGACCCUAACUGCCAUAAAUAUGGAUGCCAUCUGAUCAGAGAACAGCAGUCCUACUUUGGAGGCAUUUAACCAACACUAAUCCAGUCUUAAAGCCACUCUACACUAUGACCCCUAAUAAGCAUAUCUCACUUGAACUCUCCACUGAAUGUCAGCAUUAUGAAGCGCACACAAGCACAGAGAGAUUAAGUAUGCACUUUUAAGUGUGCCCUUCAUCCCCCCCCCACCCCAAUAUAUACUUCCUUUUUUAAAGAACUUUUUAAAAAAUUUGCAUAUUUUUAUUGCCGGCUGUACAUUGUUUUAAUAAAGGAGUAUUGUAACUGUGAUAGGAAGAAGGGGAGCUUUGUUUUAUGUGACAUGGUAAUAAAUUUACAUGUGUAAUAAAUACAAGUAUUUUCCUUUUUUUCUCCAUUGCUUAAUUAGAGAUCAUAUGCUACUUUGAUAUUUCAGACUGAUUUCUGUUAAAGGGAAUUGGGACAGGAUGGGACAAAAUCCUGAAGGAGAAGUUCAUGCUCCAAGUCUAAUCCAAUUCAGACUGGUGCCAAACUGAUGCUCCAAGUCCCCAAACAUCAAUACAAUCGAGUCCUUUUCAGAGUGGCGGUCCAGCACGACUAUACAUGCAGAACUGUUGUGCUUAGUUUAUAAAACAUAGUAAUUUUAUACAGAACUUGUUUUAUCUGAUAACGAUCGUUGACACUUGUUGUUUUUAGAAGAUGUGGCCAUAGCAAAUGGCUGAUGUUUGCAUGAAUUAAAACAUAUUUGACAUUAAUCUGUAAUAAAUAUGAAUAAAAUGUCAAAUUAAA